GUGAGGGGAGCAGGCGAGGCAGCCCGGUCUCCCUGGGGCGGGAAGGGCCUCCGCCGCCGGGUGACCAUCGGAAGGGAGAGUUGGGCGGGCGGCGGGGAGUCAGGCUGGCUUUUGGCGGGAGAAGCAGCUGGAGUGGAUGGAAGGGGCCGUUUGUAAGGCAGAACGGCGUCUCUGAGUUGGAGGGAGGUCUCCCUCCGGCCAUCUUAAGGGCUGCGUUUUGUCUCUCCUCGGUUUGACGCUUCGACUGUCUUUCUCCCUUCGCAGGAAGACGUGGAGUUGGCCGACGCCGCCAUGGGUGACGAGGACUGGGAUACGGAGAUUACAGAGCAUAGUGGAGGGGGGAGUGGGGCCUUGCCCGUCUUCCAGCCCAGCUUCCAGAAGCCGGGCAGCAUACCCAUAAGAACAAAUGAAGCCUCAUGCAAUUUCAAUCAGAGUGUAAAACUGCCAGGUGUUGGAGAAAAACCUAAUGAUGAAGAGAAACAAAUAGGUGGAUUUGGAAAUGGAAGAAUUUUUGGAAACAGAGCCAUACUAGGAAAUAGGUUUGAAGAAAGAAAAUACUCAAGUUUUGAGAGAGAUAAUGAAGACAGCCAGAGCCAGUCAAACAAAGGGGAUCCAAGGAGAGGUGGUUUUCAAGGAAUGAAUGAUGUUGGUGUUCUUCGCAAACCUGGAAGAGGAUCAUUCAGAGGUGGUAGAGGAGGAUUUGGGCAAUUUACAAAUGAUGUAAAUGAGAAGCAAGAUGGAAGACAGAAUUCUUUCAGCUUAGGUUUUAAAAGAAGAGGGUUUGGUGCUGCAUCAGGUGACUUUGAAACUAGAAGAGGAUUUGGAGGAAGAGGGGGUUACAGAGGAAGCAAUGAAGAAGUAAAUGUAGUUUCUGGAAGAAGCAUAUGGAAAUCAGGUGAUGAUCCAGAAAAAAGUGACAAUACAGGUCCAAAGGUGACAUAUGUACCACCACCACCACCUGAUGGUGAAGAUGCCAUCUUUGCACAUUACCAGACAGGAAUAAAUUUUGAUAAAUACGAUAAUAUUCUUGUAGAAGUUUCGGGCCUUGAUCCUCCACCAGCAAUAUUGAACUUUGAAGAAGCUGAUCUGUGUCAAACCUUAAUAAAGAACAUAGCUAGAGCUGGAUAUUUUAAACUUACUCCUGUGCAGAAAUAUAGCAUUCCAGUUGUUCUGGCAGGACGUGACUUAAUGGCAUGUGCACAAACCGGAUCUGGAAAAACAGCAGCUUUUCUUAUACCAAUUUUAGCUCACAUGAUGCAAGAUGGAGUGACUUGUAGUCAGUUCAAAGAGCAACAAGAACCGGAAUGUAUAAUAAUAGCACCAACUAGAGAACUGAUAAAUCAGAUCUUUCUGGAAUCAAGAAAAUUUUCAUAUGGAACUUGUAUAAGGCCUGUUGUGAUUUAUGGAGGUAUACAAAUGGGCCAUACAAUUAAUCAGAUAAUGCAAGGUUGUAAUAUAUUGUGUGCUACCCCAGGAAGACUUUUGGAUAUCAUAGGCAGAGAAAAGAUUGGGCUGAGCAAAUUAAAAUAUUUGGUGUUAGAUGAAGCUGAUCGUAUGCUGGAUAUGGGAUUUGGCCCUGAUGUAAAGAAAUUAAUUUCAUCUCCAGGCAUGCCGUCAAAAGACAAACGCCAAACAUUAAUGUUUAGUGCCACUUUCCCUGAUGAAAUCCAAAGGCUUGCUGGAGAAUUUUUGAAGACAGAGUACUUAUUUGUUGUUGUUGGACAAGUGGGAGGAGCAUGCAGUGAUGUUCAGCAGACCAUACUUCAAGUGACUCAAUAUGACAAGAGAGACAAGCUUGUUGAAAUUCUUAAUGACAUAGGUGAUAAACGAACUAUGGUGUUCGUGGAAACAAAGAAAAAAGCAGAUUUUUUUGCAACUUUCCUUUGCCAGGAAAACAUAGCAACCACAAGUAUUCAUGGUGAUCGGGAGCAGAGAGAGAGAGAAGAAGCUCUUCGUUAUUUUCGUUCUGGCAAAUGCCCUGUUCUUGUUGCUACAUCUGUAGCAGCAAGAGGUCUGGAUAUAGAAAAUGUUCAACAUGUUAUAAAUGUUGACCUCCCUUCCACAAUUGAUGAAUAUGUUCAUAGGAUUGGACGAACUGGGCGUUGUGGUAAUACAGGCAAAGCAAUUUCUUUCUUUGAUCCUCAGUCAGACAGUGCUAUUGCGCAGCCUCUAAUCAAAGUGCUUGCAGAUGCUCAACAAGAAGUUCCAGCAUGGUUAGAAGAAAUUGCUUGUAGUUCAAGUGGAAUUGGUUUUAGUAAUCCAAAGGGAAAUAUGUUUGCAGCUGUUGAUUCCCGAAAGAUUUUCCAUGGCAAAGACAAUCAUCAUAGUAGAGGAUUUGCAGCAUCAAAUAUAAAUGCAGCAGAUGAGUCCUGGGAUUAAAUCUACCUUUUAUCAUAGAACAACAUUUCUAAUGUACUAUAUUAAAUCUACCAAACAAACCUGGGGAAACCUGGCUGGAUCCUGACCAAAUUUACUUGAUUGUCUAUGAUUUCAGUGGGACUUACUUCUAAGUAUAUGUGCUUAGGAUUAUAACAUGUUUAAGAAACCAUUGAUGUUGCUGCCUUCCUAUGUUCAGGAAGGGUGGGUUUCAGGCAUUUGAAUUACUUAUUUAGCUAAUAUAAGUUUAAUGGUUGUGUGAAGUAACACAAUUUGUUGUAAAGGACUGUUGUAAAUGACUGUAAAAAUGAUUAAUAAAAACUUGUAAUCAUGUCCUGUGCUGCGGAUUUUAUAGAAUUUAGCUCAAUUCUGGCAGGUUGUUACCUGAAACCAUUGAUUUAAUUCCCAAAUAAAUACUUUUAGGAUUGCAGUGGUAUCUAAUCUAAAAAUGCAAGCUUUCUUACAGUUUUACCAGCUAUUGAUUCUGCAACCUACAUAACAUAAC